CACAGCGCCAGGCGGCGGCUCUCGCCCGGCCUGGCCUGGCCCAGGUGGCGCGGGGCUGCGCGCGGGCUCCAUGGGCUGGGCGCGCCCCUGCGGGCUGUGGCUGCUGCUGGCGCUGGCGCUCGGCCCCGGCUGCGCCCGUGGCAGCUGGAUGUGGCUGGGCGUCGCCUCCGUGGGGCUGCCGGACAAGCUGGGCUGCGCCGACCUGCCGCUGAGCGGGCGGCAGAAGGAGCUGUGCCGGAGGAAGCCGCACCUGCUGCCCAGCGUCCGCGACGGCGCCCGCCUCGGCCUCCGCGAGUGCCGCAGCCAGUUCCGCCACGAGCGCUGGGACUGCGCCCUCGGCCCGGCCCCGGCCCCGGCCCCGGCCCCCGCCGCCUACGAGCUGAGUAGCGGCACCAAGGAGACUGCAUUUAUAUAUGCAGUGACAGCAGCAGGCCUUGUGCAUUCUGUGACUCGAUCCUGCAGUGCAGGAAAUAUGACUGAAUGCUCCUGCGAUACCAAAUUGCAGAAUGGUGGCUCAGCCAGUGAAGGCUGGCACUGGGGUGGCUGCUCUGAUGAUAUUCAUUAUGGAAUGUCAUUUAGCAGAAAGUUCCUAGAUGGCCCUACCAAGAACAUAACUGGAAAAGAUGGGAGUGGACUACUGGCAAUGAAUCUGCACAAUAAUGAGGCUGGAAGGCAGGCUGUAGCAAAGUUGAUGUCAGUGGACUGCCGCUGUCAUGGAGUUUCUGGGUCCUGUGCUGUGAAAACUUGUUGGAAAACUAUGUCACCAUUUGAAAAGGUUGGCCGUUUUUUAAAGGAUAAAUAUGAAAACAGUAUACAGAUAUCGGACAGACUGAAAAAAAAGAUCCUCAGGAAAGAAAAAAGCCAUCGAAAAAUACCUGUCCGCAAAGAAGAUCUACUCUACAUAAACAAGUCUCCCAAUUAUUGUGUUGAAGAUCGUAAACUGGGGAUCCGUGGGACACGGGGAAGGGAAUGCAACCGUACAUCAGAGGGCCCUGAUGGAUGCAAUCUUCUCUGCUGUGGGCGUGGCUACAACACCCAUGUGGUCAGGCAUGUGGAAAGAUGUGAAUGCAAGUUUGUUUGGUGCUGCUACGUACGAUGUAGGCAGUGUGAAAGCAUGACUGAUGUACAUACCUGCAAAUAAGCCCGGCUACCUUGAGGAACAAAGCAAAAACGUGCUGCAAAGUGGUACUCAUUUUUCCUGUGUGGGACUUGCAAGGACGGUGGCUUGUCUGAGCGAUUAAAGAAGUGCUGUAUUUCAGAUAGUUUGGCUAUUAACUAAAAAAGAAUUGUAAGAUGAUUAGUAGCCUGCACAAAGUGAUAGAAGCCACAGCAAAAAACUUCUGGUUCUCUAAAGAGUCUGGGUAGCUAGAUGACGUAUAUCAAUGCAUCAGUGUGGCUAACAGCAGAUAUUAAACUUUUAAAGUGAGCAACAGCCAUGGCACAGUUAGGAUCAAGAACAGUACUAAAAGUGUUAUAUGGUGGAGUAAAAACAAGGAGAUCUUAGUAGUUAGAGGCUGCAAGGAUACUGGACACUUAAAAGGUGUCAGAUGUAAUCCUUUCUCCCAUAUUUUUAAGAAUGGAGGCUGUCCACAGGAUAGAUUCACACGUGUGACUCCUUCCUGUAAACUGCUGAAAGAAAUGUAGCAAAGCUCUAAGUUGAGUAUACAGUGUUUGCAAAGCAAGUGUGCAGGGAGGCUACCCUACUGCGUAGUAUAAAGAAGCUCAGCAAUGUAAGUAAAGCCAAUGGAGCCCCCAUGGUUGGUGGGAACAAUGGUAUGUUUGGGUUUGUGCCAUGCAUGGCCAGGUAGAAGAUGCUGUAGUACCUUCCACUAAAUGCAAAUGCAAACUUUUUCGUAUUACAUAUCCCCUUCCAGAUUUACCAGCUCCCAUGUAUGCCUAUCGGCAUAUAUUUUAACUCCUUAAAUGCCAGUUGUUAUUAUAAUGAAAAUUUAAUCUGCCAUUACACAAUAUCUCCCACAUACCCCCCCCAGAGAUGCCUUGCAUACUCCCAGGAGCGCAUAUGCCAGAGUUUGGGAACCCCCGGUGUAUAUAUAAUAGUAACCAUGUUUAGGAGUUUCCCAGGCUCAAAUAUGCUUAGAAGAACUAAAAGGAGGGGCAGGUGUCUGGGACAGAAAUGUGUUCUGGUAUCAGAAACAAAAUCUCCUGCAGCCAGAUCCUUAAGGUCCCAUACACAUAAACUGGCUUAAGUGAUUGGAAACUGGUUUAAGCCUGUAACAGAACAGAAGUUCAGUGCACAUAAACUACUUUCAAAAGCCAAAACCAGUUUGAUACUACAUCCAACCAGGUUUAUUUUAAACUUAACUGAUUUAGGUCAAACUGGUUUAUGGAACUUCUGUCUCAGUUCCCUUCCAGGUUCAAGUUAACUCAGUCCUCCAGCAUCCCAGGAUGCUUUUCAGCCCUGGGCUGUGCUGUCUGCUCCAGUGGAGCAACGACUUCUUCAUCUCUCUGCUCCUUAGCCUGCUGCCUGCCUGCAUUCUUCAGCCCACAGGGAUGGGGGGCAGGGGAACAGACCCCCAGACCUCACUAGCCAGGGUCUACACAGCACAUGAGGGGAAGGAAAGCCCUUGUGGUGGGGGCUUUUUGACCCUUGGAAGCCCUCUCCCCUCCCCCUUCUCACCUGCCGAUUGCUUCAGCAGCUGCCACAGGAGGGAGGGAGCUUCCCCUCAGGUCCCCAGGGCUGCCUGGGCUGGGGAACUCAGGCUAUGGGAAGCUGCCUGAGGGGGAGGCUCCCCCAAGGUGGACCAACUGGACAGGGGGCUGUGGGGGGACAGCAAGGGGUUGUCUGGGCUGGCAAUGGCUGGCAGGCUGGGAGACAUGCUGUAGUCCCCCCCUGCCUGCUGGCCUGGGUCAGUGCAGAUCUCUCCCACGUGUCCCAAGUGAAAGCUGAAUGUCAGCUCAGUUGGUUAUCAGUUCAACCUACACAGCUUGGAGGAAGCUGCCUAGAUUGAACUGGUUCUGCCUCAAGCUUUUUGACUGCCUGCACUUAGCCUACAUUGGGUAUAUUGGUGUGGCCAGUCCACCAGCCUUCAGCCCCACUGCUUCCUUCAUUGGUGGCCUGUGAUUAAUGAAUCACUAUUGUCAGCAGGUAGUAGCUUAGCAUUUUUUCUCUCUGUGCCCAUCCACACUCCAAUGCGGAAUGCAGACCAAAGAAAUUUGUCAAAAAGGGAAAGAAACAUCAAAACCUGAACUUUAUUUUUCAGCCUUUUUAGUAAGUACAGUACUUAGAACAUUUCAUUAAUUUGUUCCACAACCAAUGUUGCUUUAAAGGCAGUUUCUCUUCAUAAUGUCUUGUAUAGCUUGGCUCGCACCAUUAAAAUAUUUAAGCUAUUACCAAUAACAGUUUUAUAUUUUUGGUCCCAUUUGAUUUUUACGUGCAGGCAAAGCAUUCAUUUUUUUUAUGUAAUUUUUAAAAACUGGCUUUAAAAGCAGUGUGCACAAGGCUUUGUUUUGUUACAUAAGACAAAAAAUUAUAUUUUGUAAAUAUUUAAAUUAUGAAAGCUAUGUUAAAGGUUCGAAGACCCCUGUAUUAAGUUCCCAGAACUAGCAUGAUAAGAUUACUUCUGACAUUUGUUCAUUAAGUCUCUUCCUAUUGGAGUAAACUGACUUUAAUUUGCUUGUGCAGGGGAAAAAUUAUUUGAGCAAGUACAUAAAUGAUUUAUUUCUUAUUUUCAGGGGAUUUUUAUAUACUUCAGUUAAUAUACCAAUUAUGACACAUUGUCAAGAAACUGCUGUUUGGAUUUUUUUUAAUUAUCAACUUAGUGUAAGAAAUGUCCAUAGGUAAAAUCCUAGUCUUAGUAAAGUCAGUGGGGAUCUUGCCAUUUGCUGUAAUGAGCCAGGAUUCUUCUGUACCAUAAAUGAAAAUACAAAAAAAUCUCACUAACAGUCAUUUUUAAAAACAAAUAGGGAUGGUAGGGUAAGAUCUCCAAAACUACUUUGGGGGAUGAAUACCUAAUUUUAAUUGUUUUAAUAGUUCAAAUUUCAUAGUUAAAACUCUGGGUCCAGAUCCCAGAGUAUUAAACUUGUGGUUCUCAGCCUUUUUAGAUUCAAGGCACACCUCAGAAAAAGCCAGCUUUUAGCUUUCAGUUAAUUUUUGACUAAGGAAAAAUAAUAAGAGGAAUUCUUCUGCUGCAAAGAACUCAGAAAGACCAUAGCAAAUCAGAAAUGUUUUUGGUACUAUGGAUUUCUGUUUGAAAUCUCUGGGUUCAUCUUGGAGGCCUCAGCUGGGGUACUCUGCCCAGUUCUGGGUACCGCACUUUAAGAAGGAUGUGGAUAAGCUCAAGAGGGUACAAAGAAGGGCCACUUGUAUGGUUAAAGGCGUGGAGGGUAGGCCCUAUGAGAAGCAACUCCGGGAACUGGGCCUGUUCAGUCUGAGCAAAAGAAGGCUGAGAGGUGAUUUGAUAGCUGCUUACAAGCACAUCAGAGGGGAGCAUCAAGAACUAGGAGAGCAACUAUUCAGGAGGGCACCUCAAGGGAGGACGAGGACCAAUGGGCAUAAACUAAUAGUAACUUCAGGUUGGACAUAAGGAAAAACUUCUCUGUAAGGGUUACCAGAACCUGGAACACACUCUCAGCACAGAUGGUGCAAUCACUCUCCUUAGAGGUAUUCAAGAUGAGGCUGGACAGGUACCUUGUUGAGCUCAUCUGAGCCCAGUAACUUCCUGCCCAUGGCAGGGGACCAGACUUGAGGAUCUUACAGGUCCCUUUCAGUUCUAUGAUUCUUGUGAAUCGUGUAUAGGUGUUUUUGCACUUAACACCUCAAAUUAUUGAUGUUAUAGUAAUUGGGGUUGGGGAGUGGAAGGGGUGUGUUAUCCAUACACACAUUUCACUUGGGCCUCUGGCAGACAUUAGAAGAAUGGUGUGAUUGGGAUCUGAGGAAUUUUAUGCCCUGCCCCAAGCAUUGUGAGUUUUGCCAUACUGGAUAUGCACAGCAGAAUGUAGUGUUUAGGUUGGUGCAUAUAAUUCCUCAUAUCCAAAUUGUACCUGUGCGUCAGGCAAGAGACAGCUCUGUCCCAGACCUCAGCUGAGGGAUUGGGUAUAGGCAGCCUCAAGGGAGGAGUCAGAGCUGCUCUCAGCCUGAUCCCAAGGAUUGGGCUAGAGGUUAUUCAAGACCUUGGACUGCUCAGGGACAGUGCUGACCAUCAGCUGAUUAUCUGCAUCAGCCCCAAACAGCCCCGGGUCUGGUUCCAGACCCAGGGCUGUCUCAGGCUAGUGCCAACAACCAGGUGAUUGUGGGCAUUGGCCCUGGAGAGCCCUGGGGUUUAGAACCAGACCUGGGCUGUUCAUGGCUGGUGCUGAUAGUUGGGUGAACCAGUGACUGUUUCAGGAGGAUCAGGUCAAUUAACUUUUACAGCAGGACUAUGCAACUGGAAGAGAUUCCCCAAGUCAUCAAGUCCAGUCCCUCAGUAUGGCAUUACAAUUCUUCCAUCUGCGAUUGGAAUACAUAGUUGCUCUUUGAGACUAUCAUUUCCAAAAUCUAAGCACAAAUAAAGAAGGGAGAAUAUAAAGAGAUAUACCUAAUUAAAUAGGGCUGGUUUGCAUGACACUUGUAUAAUUUGAGAUAGGUAGUUAGCCUGAAGUCAGUCACAAGGCAGACUAGAUAUGUACCUUUACAGGUUAAAUAAAUAAAAUUGUGUGUGUGUGUGUGUGUGUAUGUAUGUGCGUAUAUAUAUAUAUAUAUAUAUAUAUAUAUAUAUAUAUGAGAGGGGGGAGGGGGAACCCAAGUUCACUUCAUCAAAUGCUAUGAAAGGAUUUCAGAAAGCAGAGUUCAAGAAGGAGAGAUAAAUUAGAAAUUAUAGGUGUUGGUACAACACUUAUUGUUGGUGUGUUAGCACUUACUAGGAAAUAUGGUUGAAAUUAAUUAGAGCUAGCACAUACAAAUUUCUUUUCAUCCUUAGAAUCUAAAGUGUUAUGAAAGACGGCUGUUAUUAUUCCCAUUUUACAGAUGGAAAACAUGAGGUAGAGGAAAGGGAAGUGUCUUGCUUGAAGUAAGGGAGACAGCAAUAGAACUGGGAACAGAAUCCAGAUGUGCUGAGUCUCAGUCCAGUUCUCUGUCUGUUACUAGGUUACUGCAAUUGUUUCCUUAUCACCUUAUAAUGAAAAAUGCACCACUGCAUGGUGACUGACUUUCAUAUUAUUAUUUAAUAUUUAUAUCAGCACUAAAAAAGCAUUCUUCUAAAUUCCACUACUUAUUUUUUAACACAAGUGAUAAUAUAAAAUAACUAAUCAAUCAACUAAUCUAAAAAAAAAAAAAAGCAUUUCUAAAACAUGGAAUGUUGUGGUUUGUAUUUCCAGAAAGCAAAUGUGAUUCUUUGCAGACAGCUAGCAAAUUCAUCACUCCAAAGCACUAACUCAUAUUUAUGAUUCAACUCAUUUACAUUUUACAGCAGUACAGAAAGAGAUCAGAAUCAGUACUUUGGAUUAUGUGGAGGGUUAAAAACGUGGCAAUUUAUUUUACCCAUAUCUGAUCACAGUGAUUUGUGAUAAUUCUGGUCCAGGCUGGAAUUUGGAAUCAAGCAGCUAAUUCAAAUGCUUUGCUCCUGAUGUAUGGCAGCUAACAUUUAGCUAGUUUUCUCAACAAUGGUCUGUAAUAAAGAUGCCAGGAGAGUUACUACCUUUUAAAAAGCAUGCACAUAAAUUAGAUAUACUCCUUAGAAACCAAAUAGAAGUCCAAGUCCUUGUCAUAACUACAUGGAUAAUGUAGUUAUGCAUUUUAUUAAAUUUGUAAUUAGACUUGACCCUAGGAAGUUCAAUAACAAAUUUCUUUUCAUACACAAGAUCAGAAUCUGGCUCAGAGUUUCACCAUUUUUCAACCGUGAAGUUAACUUGUUAGAGCUAUGCAGUUUUCCCCAUUAUGACUUAAACAUUUAUCAGUUUAUCAGGUUUUUUUUAUCAUCAAAGUACCAAUGUGUGUCCGCCAAAGUAGUAUUUUUAAUGUCCACAAAUUUGCAACUUACCAUUGGGAAAUAUUUUUGUAACCUCUUUCUAACAGCUCUAAAAAUUGUAACCUCUCUAUAACAGCUCUGAGAACAGCUGGUAAAAGUUUUUUAUGACCACUUCUGUUUUCCA